AUGAAUCCAUAUCAGAAUCAAGGCUAUGGAGGUCAUCAGGGCUGGACUGGUGGUGCAUGGAACCCUGCCCAGCAUGGGUACAAUCCAAAUAACAACUGGCCACCACAACAACCUCAACAACCUCCGCAACCUCCGCAACAACUACCCCCACCUCCCCCUCAGUACAACAUGCAGGUUUCACCUGCUCUUUUCUGCUGCGGGAACUGCCAGCGCGUUGGCGCCCCACCUCAACCGGGUGUGAAUGCGUAUACCACUCGUUUGGCAUUUUUUGUGGCCCACGUCUUGCAUCCUACGAUAGCAACGUAUACCCAGGUACCUAACCGUAACCUACAUCCCAAUCACUUUAUCAGUGAUGUACCACUAUCUCAAGCAAUUCCCUCUGUUGGAGGUAAUGCUGAUCAUGGUCAAGGUACCAAUGCCCAGCAAAUUGCACAGCAAGUGGUUCAGCAGCAAGGUGGUCAGCAACAGCAUGUUCCCAUGCAACAAGCUCCAACCGGACCUGCUGCGGGUGUUGGUACUAAUUAUACUGCUGUUACUGGCAGCAAUCAUCAAUAUGGUUUCAAUCAACAAGGAAAUUACCAAGCUGGUGGUGGUUAUGGUCAAAACAAUGCUGCACAACAACAUCCUCAACCAAAUGGUCCACUUAGCAACACCUCUCAAGCUAUCACUGGUCACAUUAUGUAUUCUGGCUCAUCUUAUAGCAUCAAUCCAACCACCGCCAUCCCUCUGCCACGCUUUCUUAGGCCUAACUUCCAGCUGAAUGUCAAAUUUCGCCUUGAACGCUUCCGUGUAGAUCCUCCACAAUAUCCAUCGUACAGAAACCCUUGCCAAAAUACUGUCGUUUCUCCCUCCACCAAUGGCCCUAAAUCUAGGGACAAUAUGGAGCUCAUAUGGUAUUAUUGGCCAGUUCAACUCGAGGUUCCUCUCUGGGCUAGGGGUCAAAAUACUCUGACUUCUGCACCAGUCAUUGCCAACCAGCUCGUUCGGGAGGGCAUGCAGAUCAUCAACGGAGAGCGUUGGGGCUUCAUUCAGCACCAAGAGAAUCCGGAGGGUUUAUGGCAUAAGAGACGUUCCUACAAGAUUAUCGAGUGUCCUGUUCACGGGAUGUUCUGGAAGGUCACUGUUUUCGUUCGUCGUGGUUAUUAG